AUGUCAAGAGCAAAAGACUAUAAAGAUUUCAAAGAAACUUUCAGAAGAUAUGAUGAAUAUGUAGAUGGAGAAAUUUCAUGGAAUGAAUUUGGUUACUCAGGUUUACGCAAACGUUCAACUCCUAUGACCAAGUCUGAAAUCGACAAGAUUUAUAUAGAGCUUGGAAAUCGUGGUGAAGAUAGAGUAUUUGGAGGAGCUUCCAAGUUUCCUGGUAAUCCUCUAAUUCCUCCAUCUCUCUCAGUUGAACCUAAAGAAAUGAUUAUUGUGAAGCUGCCAAAAAAAGAGUCUAAUGUUGUAACUAAUUCGGACAAGAACGAAAAGAAAUCUGAGGAUCAAGCUCAAAUUGCAAAGGAGCCUCUUGAAAAUGUAGACAUCAAUCAAGAUUGGGUUGUCAUAGAGGAUGACGAUGACAAAGACUUUGAAUUAUGUUAG